GGCAUAAGUCCUUGGCAUCCGUGACCUCUAGUCUGAUAGGGGUAUCUAGUCCCUAAUCUCAGGGUCUGCUGGAGGAAAAAGCUUCUGUUUCAAGAAAGCCUUCAGGGUCCCCUGCCUGAUGGGGGAGACAUAGCCUUGGGAAGGAGGUGAGGGCUUUUCCAAGCUGGAGGAAGCCAAGGAGACCCUUUAUAGAGCAGCCAUGUGUUGAGUGCAGCUCCCUGUGGAGCGCUUGGCCCUGGAGGGGAGGUGCAGGCAGGGCAGGACCCAGGCCUCUGGGGUCUUACUUUGUCCCGGGUGAUAACGGAGAGCCCGGAGAGCCGGCAAGGUCUCUGAGCAGGGGAGAGUCGUGGAUGAGUCCUGGUAGGGAAGGAGGAGUAUAAAUUGGAAGAGGGCACAUAGUUGGGAGAGCUGGGGGAGCUGCUGAAUAACCCAGCAAGAGCCCAGCACGGCCCCGCCCAAGCCCAAGCCGCCCCCGCUGACCAAGGAAACAGUGGUGUUCUGGGACAUGCGCCUCUGGCACGUGGUGGGCAUCUUCUCGCUCUUCGUGUUGUCCAUCAUCAUCACGCUCUGCUGCGUCUUCAACUGCCGCGUGCCCCGGACCCGGAAAGAGAUCGAAGCCCGUUACCUGCAGCGGAAGGCAGCCAAGAUGUACACGGACAAACUGGAGACAGUGCCCCCCCUCAACGAGCUCACAGAGAUCCCCGGAGAGGAUAAGAAGAAGAAGAAGAAGAAGGACAGUGUGGACACAGUGGCCAUCAAGGUAGAGGAGGAUGAGAAGAAUGAGGCCAAGAAGAAGAAAGGGGAGAAAUAAGGAGGGCUUCCUGGAGGUGGCAGCUGGGGCUGGCUAGCCCUGGGGUUCAAGUCCUGGCCAGGGUCCAGGCAUCUUGGAUUCCAAGCUCGUCCAUGGACCAUAGAGGUUGCAGAACACCCUCUUCUUGGCUCUGAGGGGGCUGCUGAGGCCCCAUCCUGACAGCCCACUGGACAGGGACCAGACUGCACCUAGUGUCCUGCCUCCCAGCCUGGACUCCGUUCCUUUCACCUCACCCCCAUGGCCGCUCAGCAAAGGCGGUCUUGCGCCGCUGUCCCCCUGCAGAUCCGGAGUGGAGUGGCCUCACACCGCCCGAGACAUGCCUCUGUCCCUUCUGCCAGGAACAGUAGUGGCUCUACGGGGGUGACGGGACGUGGCUUGCCUCUUGGAAGGAGAUGGCUGAACUGGACGGGCUGGCGUGUGAGGCCACACCCAGGCUGGCCACGAGGAAGACAAGGGUCACUAGGGGAAGCUGUGGCAGCACGAGGCUCUCAGACUUCUCUAGACAGCAGCCCUGGUGGCCAGGGAACUCCUCCAGGCCCAGCAGGUGUCAGGGCCGGGGAGAUGAAUAGAGCCAAAGGCAGGCGAACUCAAGCCCAGCAGACACCACAUGCCAGGCAGCCGCACUGGAGCUGAGGCCGAGGGCAGGCCGAGCUCGAGGCCUGGGGGUUCAGGGCUGGGGGCUGCAGCGGUGGGUUGGGGGUGCAGAAGGCUGAGGCCAGGAGGGCAAAGGGAGAAGGGAAGGAAGCUGGUAGCCAGGCCCCAUCUUGGGGACCCAGAGAGUCCUGGAGAAGCCAAGAGGAGCGUUGGGCUGAGCCGGCGGUCCUUUCUAGGUGGUGGGGGCUGUCAGGGCCCUAGGGGGUCACCGCAGAGGGCCUUCCGCCCACUGAGCAGAACGACACACAGCUUCCUCUACCACGUCGACCGUAGCGCCUCAGAGAAUCACUUCUGACCAGAGGGUGAAGGCCCAACUCCCCCCUGAGACGAAAUCUUCGGGGAGGGGACCUGCAGAGGGGUUUCCAGAUGGUGGCAGACCUCUUCGGGGAUGCACACAUCUGGGCCUGGAAACUAAGCAGACACAGGAGGUUCCUGGCGGGGGGGCGGGGGCUUGGCAGCCCGCGGAGAUGU